AUGCAGACAUGGCUACAGAGAGAGACCCUCCUGGAGAAAGCGCACCCAGAAGUGCAGGCCUUCUGUCAGAAGCACGGCCUAAUGUUUGAGGUAAUUGACUUGAGAUGGGGUAUUUCUGAGCUUGUAGACCCUGAUCACAGAAAACAACUCUCUCUGGAGGAAAUUGAAGCCUGCCAGAAACUGUCAGCUGCUCCCACCCUCAUUGGACUCCUGAGGGACCACUGUGCGCACCAGACUGUGCCUCGGCUCAUUGCGGAGAAGGAAUUUGAGGCCCUAACUCUGCAGCUGUCAGGAGACUCUGCCCAGCUCCUGACACAGUGGUACUGGUGGGAUGAGAACGUGCUGCCCACCUGCUAUGUGCUGCAGCCGGCUGAUGGGCAGGCCUGGCAUUGCUUGGCCUCGGCGCUGCGCGUGGCAGCCCAGAAGGCAGAGAGGUGUGGGCUGCUCGGCCCAGAGCAGAGGCACUGCUACCACAAAUCAGGAGUGUUCUGGCAGGGCUCAAUUGAAUGGGAGAUUGAACAGGGUCUCCUCAAUACCCAGGAGAGCAACCCAGGGGCUUUCAUAUUCCUCAGAGAGGUUGAGGAUUCCAACAGACAAAUUGGGCAAGGGACAAACUGUCCCUUGCUGAAAGAGGACAGUGAAGCAAAACAGCUGCCCAGCAAGCUUAAAGCAAAAAUUGCAAGCCAUUAUCCCAAACACCUCAAAGUACACGCACUGGCAUACAGUAAAGACUCUGGGAACCCUCAGCGCAAGGAGAAUAACAAAUACCUGAAAGAACUUUGUGAGCAGUUCACUGCUGUCACUAAUCACCAGCAGAACAAUGAUAAAAUCCACACAGCCCUCAUCCUUUCUGGGCCACCAGGCUGUGGAAAAACAGCUGUGAUGUGCAAGCUAUCUGAGCAGGUGCAAGCUGUUUUAGGGCAAGACAGCGUAGUUGUGAUUUGUUUGCUGGGGACAUCCCAGCUCAGUUCUGCCAUUCACAGCCUGCUGAAGGACAUUUGUCUCCAAGUGUGUUUAGCAUUUGAUUUGCCACCUCCUCCAACCCAGACCAAACAAGCUUGCAGUGAUUUAGUCUUGUUCCUCAGUAAACUCUUCCUCACUGUCUCCCAUUGUGGCACACAGACACUGGUGGUGUUCCUUGACUUCGUGGAGAGAUUACUUCCUGGUGAUGGUGCUCACAGAUUCCACUGGCUCCCUAUAGACUGCCCUCCAAAGGUCCACAUCAUCACUUCCAUUUCCACAGCAGAGCCUGAUACUCUGAAAGCUCUCCAACACACUGUGCCUGAGGCUGAAGCGAACUUUGAAAGCUUCCCUAGUGGUGGGCAAGCCCUGCUCUUCAAGCUGGCCUUCCAUGAGGCCAGAAAAUGGGUGUCUUACACUUCACCUUCUGAACUACUGAUUGCUAGCACAGCCCAGGACGCCAUGCACCGUCUGUGCUAGAGACUGGAAAAGUCACACAGCACAGUUCUUGUGGCUCAUGUCCUUGGCUAUAUUGCUUCCUUACAAAAUGGGCUGUCAGACAUGGAGCUGAAGGACAUUUUGUCCCUUGACGAUGAAGUCCUCUCAAAGAUUCACCACUGCCACCUUUCUUCAAGUAGAACUAUCCUGCGCCUUCCUCCUCUCCACUGGGCACGGCUACGCAGUGACAUGAGAGAGUGCCUGGCAGAACAGAAGGCAGAUGGCUUCACCCUUCUUUGCUUUGCACACAGGCAAUUUGUUGAAAUGGUGCAGAAUCGUUACCUAUCAAAACAAGACCAAAUCAAGAGGCAUUUUCUCCUGGCAGAUUUCUUCAAGGGAACUUGGAUCUUGGGAAUGAAGAAACCUUUUACAUUGCCACAUUUUAGCAGGACUUUUAAUGCCGACAGGAAGGCAGCCCCUCAGCCACUCUGGUUCUCUGAUGCUGGCAAUCCGAGGAAGUUGAGUGAAUUGCCAUUUCAUUUACUUAAUGCUGGACGAAUUGAGGAGCUGAAAUGGGAUGUGCUGGGGAAUAUGAACUGGAUCAGCUGUAAAAUAAUUGCCUCUGGAAUAGAGAGUGUUGUUGAUGACUUUGCCAUAUGUACUGAAUGCAUCAGCUGUCCAAAACUACACCUUGUGCAGGACACACUUCUCCUUUUGAAGCCAGCAGUCAGCAGUAUACACAGCCCUGAAGGAGUGAGUAAAAUAUACGCAGAAGUGUUGGCCAGGCUUCUUUUUUUCAUGCCUUCUUACGCGGAGGUAAUCGGGAAGCUGUGCCAGCAGCGUCUAAGCUGGUGCAGUGUCUGUCCCUAUCCUGUUCUCAGUCCACUGUGCGGAUUUCUCCAGCCACCUGGUGUCACAGUGAUGGCAUUUAGUUCUGAUUACUGGCUGGCAGUGGCAGGUUCCCAGGACAGCUCAAUGCUUGUCUGGAAUAUGGAAGUUUUUGAGAGGCUGAUCGCCCUUCCUGGGCACUCCACUGAGGUGACAUGCGUGAAAGUGUGUGGAAAAGGAACCUGUGCUGUUUCAGCUGCCAUGCACAGUCUGUGCAUCUGGAAUUCGAUUUCUGCCAGAGCAAGGUUUAUUAUCCAGGAUACGCAUAUCGAAGAACAGCCCUCACAUCACCUUCACAGUUUGCUAGAGAAGCUUCCUGGAAGGGUUUGCUUUGUGGUGGCAUCAGAAGAUGAAUCCAUUCUGGCUGCAGGACAUGGAGAGUACGUGCAAGUGUACCUGGCAGACCCAAAGGGAUUCCACAGGCUCCUAGUGGCAGAUUUGGAACAUGAAGGAGUGGUUCAUACGGCUGUUAUCUCUGCUGGCAACAGCAUUAUUGUUACGGGUUCUCAGGCUGCAUCUGUCCUGGUGUGGAGUUUAUCAGACCAGGGGUUGCUGCCUGACAUACUGGAUGGCAUGGGAGCACCAGUAACACUCUUGGCCCUGUGCGACUGCACUCUGGUUUCUGCCUCCCAAAGUGCACCGUCUCUAGGAGUGUGGAACCUCAUUUACAAUCAUCAGCAGAAAACCUUGGCACCUGUCCGAAAUACAGGCUGCGCUGCACUGUCCCAUGGGGGGAACUAUGUCUAUUUUACCAAGCCUGAAGACACACAUAAAGCCGUCAUUUGGGACACCACAGAAGGUGAAGUGUGUGACACACUGGACACCUCUGCCCGAGUGAGAUGCCUGGAAAUAUCUGAGCAAAACCAGCUCCUUUUCACAGGGCUUAUAUCUGGAACAGUCCUUGACGUUCUACUGAACUCCAGGCAGGAUGUAGCGUGCAUCUCACCCCCAGAGUAACAGAAACCAGUCAACGACAUGGCAAUCAACAAGCAGGAAAAGCAGCUUGCCAUAACAUACGAUGAUUUAGUCCUUGUGCUAGGUAUUAUCCCUGCAGAUCCAUGCCCAGUGAUCAACAGGCCCGCCUACACCUUUAAAACUCAGAUCCCUGGCUCUCUGAUUUCCAGAGCGGCUGUCCUUGCAGAUUACAGAGUCCUCUACAGCGUGACUAGCAGGGACUUAUUCCUUUAUGACUGCCUUCGGGCCCAAGUGUUUCCUUUGGAAGGUCACAGAAGCCAGAUCACCUGUUUGGAAAGCAGCCACGGAGAGCAGUGUGCACUCAGUGGAUCUGAAGAUUCCCUGCAGUGCCUCUGGGACUUGGAGUUCUAUCAGCUAGCAGGAACACGAGAUGUGCUAUUAUAAGGCAUUUGCUGUGCUUGCUUCUCAAAAGAUGAUAAGUACUUGUACACUGGAUCGCUGGAUCAGUCCAUUACAGUCCAGAAUGUUGCAAGUGGUGAGUGCCUUGCUGGCUGUACGUGUGUAUACACAACUGCUAACAGAAUUGUACCAACUGCAGAUGUUGUUGCAAUAACGAAAGUUGGUUAUGUAAUUUGUGAAAAGUUUCACUGUCCUAAGACCACCCCUCCUCGGUAUAACCCACUCCAGAACAUCGUAGCAACGUGUACAGUAAAAUCCAGAAAGAAAGACAGGAAAAAUUCAAGCAAGCAACAGUACAACCAA